AUGGCUCUCUUCCGUGUGGGCUUUGCCUGCAGGGCCAUGAUUCGAUCCAAGCGUUCACCGAUGCUUGGAAGAAUCUCUCAAAUCGCUACGUCACACGAGGCCGAACGGCCAACGCCGCUGCAGAUGCGGAGGCUUUUCGUCAUCUCAGCAGUUCCAUUUGUGGCAUUUGGGAUCGUGGAUCAAAGCGUUUUGCUCUAUGCGGGUGAUGCAAUCGACAACACUUUGGGAGUUGCGCUGGGCCUUCCAACACUCGCCGCUGCAGCUAUGGGCCAAGUCAUGAGCGACACCUGUGGGGUUGCCUUUGGUGGCACCAUCGAAGCAGCAGCUUUGAAGCUUGGGUUGCCGUUGCCGGGUCUCACAGAAGCGCAACAGCGCUUAGGAAGUGUCAAGCGGGUUUCCACAUUUGGUGGCGUUUGUGGAGUAAUCUUGGGCUGCUUCAUAGGCAUGGGUAAUUUGUUGCUGAUCGACCUCAAGGCGGCAGAACGUGCAAAGAAAGAGAAGGAACUUGCCAAGAUCAUGAAGACCAUCAUGGAAGAGGGUCGUGAAGUGUUGCACUGUGACAGAGCAACGCUCUGGGCAGUCGAAGAAGAGGUCGGUGAGCUGUGGAGUACGUUUGCAGAUGGCAUCCAGGGCACGAUGCGCAUCCCGAAGUCGGAAUCAAGUUUGGCUGGAUGGGUCGCUUGUAACAAAGAGUUGGUAAACAUUCCGGAUGUGACACAAGAUCCCAGGUGGACCAAACCGUCGAAAACGAAUUAUGCCACAAAAUCAAUGUUAUGUGCACCAGUGGUUUUGGAAGACAAGGUAAUCGCUGUCAUUCAGCUUCUCAACAAGCUGAACGAAGGAGGCGAUGUAGUUCCAUUUGAUCAAUCUGAUGCCAGGGCCGUCAAGAUGAUGGCUGGUCACACUGCUAUGUUCAUGGCGCAGCUGAUGUAG